AUGAGAAAUAUUAAUAUUUUUUUAUUACUUUUAUAUUAUUUAAUUGUAUUAAAAUCUGUAGAUAAUUUAAGAGUAAGUAGUGCAGAAUUCAACACUAUUGAAGCAGAAAAAGAAAAUAUAAAUGACAAAAAUAAUGAUUCUAUAGGAAAUCGAAGAGAAGCUAUAAAUAGAGAUACAGAAACUACGAAUAUGAGUAAAAAUGAAAAUACUGAAAAUAAAAGUGAAAAUGCUAAUGAAACUAAUAAAGAUACAGAUAAUAUAUCAAAGAAUGAAGAUAAAAUGAAAAUAGAAAAUAUAACAAAAGAUGAUCAUGAAACAUCGAAGAGUGAUGCAAAUAAAAAUGAAGAAACAAAAAAUUUUGAAAAUUCUAAUGAAAAAAAUAUAAAAAGUUUAGAUAAUUUUGCUUCAACUAAAAGUAAGCCAAAUUUACAACACAAAAAUAAUGCUAGUUUAAAAAACAUAGUUAUACUUGAUGAAGCUUUUAAUAGUGCAAAAAAAGUUUGCGAAUUUGUUGUAAUUAAAAAUGAACAUUUUAAAAAUUUUUGUCAGAUGACUAACUUAUAUGAGCAAGCAGAAAAAUUAAAAAAAAAUGAUAAUGAAUUAUAUCAACAAGUUAUAAGUAACUCUUAUGAAAAUGAAGGCUCAUCAAGUUUUCAGUUAUUGAAAGAAGAUGAUGAUAGCAAACUUUUCAAGGAAAAAGAUAACCAUGAUCCUAGAUUAUCAAUUUUAUUUAUGUAUGAAAAAUUUUGUGUAGGAGGUGUUCCAUUAGCAUGUAGUAAUAUAUUAAAAUACGAUAAUAUUUUUGAAGUUAAUGAAAGAAGCGAAACAAAUGAAACCAAACAAGACGAACAAGAUGAAAAUAAAAUGAUACAUGAUAUUGAAGGAGAUGGUAGUUCAGUUGAUGAAAAAACAGGAACACAGGAGAAUAUUUCUGAUUUAACUGAUAAUAGUAAUGAAAGUAUCUAA